AUGUCUCACGUUUUCUUAGAUAUUGCGAUUGGUACCGAUGCGCCCAGGCGUAUCGUAAUCAGACUGUUCAACGAUGAAGUGCCGCUAACAGCACGCAACUUCCGCGAACUUUGCACUGGAGUGCAUAGUCUCCCUGGCACUGGAAAACCUAUGACCUACAAGGAUUCUACGUUCCAUCGCAUCAUCCCGGGCUUUAUGGUCCAGGGCGGGGACUUCACCAGACACAAUGGUACGGGCGGCAGGUCCAUCUACGGCGAAAAGUUCGAAGAUGAGAACUUCAAGAUUAGGCAUACGAAGCCAUACCUUCUGUCUAUGGCUAACGCCGGCAAAAACACCAACGGGUCACAAUUUUUCAUCAUCACAGACAAGUCGGGUACUCCGCAUCUUGAUGGCAAACACGUGGUCUUUGGUGAGGUUCUUCCCGAAUGUAAUGCUGUCGUCGACGCUAUCGAAGCGGUGGGAAGUGGAAGCGGUGCACCCAGCAAAAAGGUUAAGAUCGUUGACUGUGGCGAGCUGUAA